CAGAGUCAAUCCGUCCUCCGUCGUCCUCCGUCGGUCACCCAUUCACGACUGAUACUGUGGAAAACAAUCGUCGCAUAGCGUUUAAGGACUUGUUAAAAAGCUGCGAAUGGCUCGAAGAUACGAUUCGCACACGACAACUUUCAGUCCUGAAGGUCGACUUUACCAAGUCGAGUACGCCAUGGAGGCAAUUAGCCACGCGGGUGCUGCGGUUGGGAUCCGGACCAACUUCGGCGUUGUUUUGGCCGCAGAGAAGAAAAUUCUCUCCAAGCUUCUAGAAAUAGGAACGGCGUCCGAAAAAAUGCACAAACUAGAUGACCACAUAGCAGUCGCAGUUGCUGGCGUCAAUUCAGAUGCAAACCUUCUUAUGAACUCUGCAAGAAUUUUUGCUCAGCGACAUGCGCUGAGUUACUCAGAACAGGUUCCUGUGGAGCAAUUGGUCCACAGUUUAUGUGAUCAAAAACAAGGUUAUACACAGUUCGGUGGUCUUCGCCCGUUCGGGGUUUCCUUCCUUUUCGCGGGUUGGGAUAAGGAUUGCGGCUUUCAACUUUAUCAAAGCGACCCUUCUGGCAACUAUGCGGGCUGGACAGCCACAGCAAUUGGUGCAAACAGUCAAGCUGCGCAUUCCAUUCUUAAAGCUGACUAUACUGAACAUAUGAGUAUCCUAGAUGCAAAGAAAUUGGCAGUCAAAGUUCUUAAGCAAACGAUGGACAGUACCACGCUGUUGCCAGAAAAAGUUGAGAUGUGCGAGAUUUCUUUUUCCAAUAAUGAAGACCGCACGGUAAAUUUCCAUAUGUUGUUACCCAAUGAACUGGUGAAUCUAUGUGACGAGGCGAAUAAGAGUUCGAUAAAGUAAAUCAAUCUUCACGAACAUGCACACACGUCGCGAACAUUAUCGAGGAUAGUUACCAUUAUAUUUCACGGUAGCAAACUAUGUGAUAAAACGGGUUCUUCUCAGAGGUUGUGUAGAUUUCUUAUUUUCUAUGCUUCUGAAACGAGGGUGUGAAUCAUAUC